AUGUCGCUUCGAUGCUGGCGACCAUUGCGCAGUCGCUCGAUAAAUCACGCCUUCAGAACAUCACUUCCUACACCUCGCUACAUCAAUACGAUCGCCAAAUGUCCAUCGCCAACAUGCGAUUGCGCCGAGACGCCAGCCAUGCCUGAGGGCCUGCCUAUCGACCACCACCGAAGCCUGAACGGUCUGAUUACCAGCUACGCCGAGCAGGUGUUAAUAUGUACCGGCAAACAUGACUGGCCCUCGCGCAUAGAAGAAGACAACGGCGGCGACAAUCUCGCAGCAGACCUGAAGGAGCUUAUCGGCAGGGGAGGAGUAUACAGCGAUCCAUUCCACAAUGUCUCCGUACUCAACUCGUCUUUUCCCUCCUCGGUCUCGAGGCGUCCGGAAGUCCAGACCACCUCCGCCUACCUUGUUCCGAGCUUCAAGUACAUCCCCUUCCUCCCCCGCGUGUCUUUCGACUCCGUACAAGCCCUCGUCAGGGGCUUCCUCCAGCCCGAGAAGCUGCACCCCAUGCACGACGGGCUCUCGCCUAUCCACAAGGACCGCAUGGUACGGAAGCAGGCUUACCAACAUCUGCUUUACGGCGUGCGCGACGUGCAGGAUGUGCUCGUUCUCAUCUGCGGCCACGGCGGGCGGGACCAGCGCUGCGGCGUCAUGGGUCCCGUUCUCCAGCAGGAGUUCGAGGACAAGCUGCCCAAGGCCGGGUUCGAGGUCAUGAGAGGCCCCCUUAUCGACGAGAGCGUGUCGGCUCCCGCGCUUUCGGGAACGACAGGUGAUGCGCCUUCGACGGCCCGCGUAGGUCUGAUUAGCCACAUUGGCGGACACAAAUUCGCCGGGAAUGUGAUCAUGUACGUGCCGCCGACUGUAAACACAAAGGAUGCGAGGCAGCAUCCACUGGCCGGUCAUGGAGUUUGGUACGGAAGGGUCGAGCCGAAGCAUGUGGAAGGCUUGAUCGAGGAGACAUUGGUCAAGGGCAAUAUUGUAAGUGAUCAUUUCAGAGGUGCCAUCAAGCAGGGAGGUGAAAUAGUUAGGUUAUAG